AUGACUCUACACCCAAGUUCAACAGAGUUAGAAUCAGAUCUUCUUCGCAACACGAGUUUCACAUCCUCUCAAUUUGACGAGUUGGACAUGAUGGUUUCAACAUCGUCACUGGAAGUCUUUAAACAGCUUCUCAAAACUGGCGACUACAGUGACUGCACGCUGGUAUGCGAGGGUCGUGAGUUCAAGACUCAUAAGUCCGUAGUUUGCUCACAGUCACCUGUACUAAAGAAAGCACUCGACGGUUCAUUCAAGGAGGGCAUCACAAAUGUUGUCAACAUCGAGGCGUUCGACGUAAAUACGGUUGAGUGCAUGGUCAACUUCCUAUACACUGGAGACUACAGCGUCGACAUGUUUGUAGAAGAAGAGGUAACCGAAUCCCGGGUCGAUCUGGGAGGACGCAAGUCCAACCUAAUCAUGAACAUCAAUGAAGGUAUUGACGGUGUCAUGUCGGGACUGGCAGAGACGCAUCUAAUCGAUCUAGAGGAUCCUCCGGACCUUAAGUCAGUCGAUAUAUCUGCUAUGCUUCGACCGCAUAUAUGCGCCAACGCUAUUGGCGAUUUCUACUUUCUCCCAGACCUGAAAGCUUGUGCGUCAAAGAAGAUCGAAGCCAUUCUGAAAGAUACCUUCAGCGUCCAAGGUUUGGCCGAAGUCAUACGUGUAGCCUCUGAAGUCAACCACGACGAUCCUAUGAAGCAUCUCGUUAUCGACGCAAUUGUGAAGAAUAUACAUGAGGUCAUGGAGGACGAGACGCUUAACAGAUCUGAACUGGACGCUUUUCCGUUGGACUUGAUCAAGAGUCUCUAUCAACGACUACAAGCGACGGAGACCGAACUACGCAGAUACAAAAAGGAGUAUAGAGCAUUUUUGUCCACGCAGGAAGAUCUGGUAAAGCUCAGGGCUGAUCAUCAACAUUUCGAGACCCAACUCACGACCGCGCUGACGCAUCUUCGCACGACACGCCAAUGCAGGAACCGAUUCGCCUUGUUUUUUGUUGCGCUGUCAGAGGUGCAGAUGUAA